GGGCGAUGCGCAUUGCACCCAAGGCAAUGCAGCAACUCGUUUCCAGUCCGAGAAAUCGCCGGGGGUGUCUACACCAUGAGUGAUCAUCUGGAUGCCAUCGUUGUUCAUACCCCGCAGAGCUAAAGUCGGCUUCUGUGAUGAGUCUAUCCUAUAAAGUUGUAAUGCCCGUUACAGAUCCAGGAAACUGCAAAGGCUUAUUAAACCGAAGAAAUAUUUUGAUCUGGUGUUGAUCCUGGUAUAUACAAAACCCUUCCCGGGAAACUCGUAUUCGCAAUGGCAUCAAAGUUUGCUGGCUGGCUUGCAACCGUUUCGGCGAUACUGGCAAAUACUCUGACCCUUGCCGACGCACAGAGCUCUAAGCCAGUCUUUGCUCAUUUCAUGGUUGGAAUUGUCGAGAACUUUACUGUUCAAGAUUGGGUGAAUGAGAUCCAACAAGCCCAAGCUAUUGGCAUUGAUGGCUUUGCUCUGAACUGCGCCCCUCCUUGGGUUGAUAGUUACACGCCAAAGCAGCUGGAUAACGCAUAUACAGCGGCGCAGCAGCUCAAUUUCAAAAUGUUCAUUUCGUUCGACUUUGCGUAUUGGUCCAACGGCGACACAGGAAACAUCACCAGCUUUGUCGGAAAAUACGCUAACCAUUCAGCUCAGGCUGUGUUCAAUGGAGGCGCUCUCGUGAGCACUUUUGUGGGCGAUUCCUUUAAUUGGAAUGCCGUAAAGAGUGCCUUGGGCAGCCAGAAGCUCACGGUGAUUCCCAAUUUGCAGGACCCUACUGCAAGUGGGAGUGCUAAUUCCCAGUUUGGCGUUGACGGGGCCUUUUCGUGGUAUGCUUGGCCUACAGACGGCGGGAACAGCGUCAUCGACGGGCCAAUGACGACUAUCUGGGACGAGAGGUACAUACAGGGCCUGAAUGGUCGACCCUACAUGGCACCUGUCUCGCCGUGGUUUUCGACUCACUUCAAUACUAAGAAUUGGGUGUUCAUAUGUGAAGAGCAGCCAGUCCGCCGAUGGCAACAGAUUCUCGACAUGAAGCCUGCUCUUGUUGAAAUUAUAACUUGGAAUGACUUUGGCGAAAGCCAUUAUAUCUCCGGCUCCGAGCCCAAUCAUAGCGACGACGGAUCCUCCCAAUGGGCAAACGGGUUCCCUCAUGACGGCUGGCGCGAUAUUUACAAGCCAUACAUUGCUGCGUACAAAGCCGGUGCAUCUUCUCCAACAGUGAGCGCGGACGAAAUUGUCUACUGGUACCGGACGAUCCCGCACGGCACCCAAUGCAGCAGCGACUCGUUGGGCAUUCCUCGAGGAGCAGAGCUGAUGCACGAUCUUGUUUUUGUCAGCACAUUGCUCACGCAGCCCGCACAGCUAACUGUCACAAGUGGAAAUGUGGCACCCAUCACCGUCAAUGCUGACGCCGGGGUCCAUGUCUUCAACUUCACCAUGGGUGUUGGAAAACAGUCAUUCAGUGUCAGCCGCGGUGGCAAACAGAUCCUGGGCGGCCAGAGUGCCAAGGAUAUCACCAACUCGUGCCAGACGUACAACUUCAACGCCUACGUAGGCAAGUUCUAGACCUGCUGGUCUUGGGAUGCUUUUCUAUUAUCAACUACUAGACCUAAGCAGAAUAGGUACAUCAUCUGGAAAGUGUGGCCCGAACGCGCCAACGUGAUCAAUAGUCUUCGUUUCUUUUUGCCUCGUCUCGUUUCUUUUUCUCCUGAUCGCCUUCUCGCCGCGUCAAAUCUCGCCUCGGGCACACCAGAUCCAGCCCCAUGGGCGACCAUCCACUAGUAAGGCUGUCAAAGCGCUGCGGCCCACACGGCUCAUGAUGCUAGCCAACACGGCAGAGAUGGAGCACCCUAGCCGAGGCCGCCAGCAACCAGGGCUCAGGCGUGAAAUGUCUCGCAUGGCAAGAAGGCAAGUCGGAGAGGCUAGCCAGCGCCUGUCUAUCAUCGAUGUAUAGAGUCUGCUGCUAUUGGACGCCACCCCGAACGCAGAGACUACCUCUGAUUGGUGCUUACCCAGACGUCCGGUUUUCGUCCCGUGCUCCAAUGAGCAUGAUUUGCUCUUUUCCUCCUUUGUCUAGUACUGGUAUCAAAUAUUUUGCCUGGCUACUGCGGGCGACGUAUAACUGUCACAUCUCAACAAAUCCAUGUGAGAUAGUUUUAAGACACUUUAAGAUUUUCCU